GCCCUGCUGCAGUUUGUCAGUGGGACACUUCCUGGUCGGUUUGCAACACCCAAGAGUUCUCAGCCAGCCCUGUGCCAGUGCUCAGUGUACGAGCAAGAGGGAAGCAGCUGCGGGAGCCAGGCGUGGGUGAGCAGCAUCUCUGUUCCAGCCACAGCGCUCGAGCAUCGCCAUGUCCCUCGUCGAAAUAAUCCGUCUCUGGAGCGAGGGGGUGGCCGCAGCGGACCACAAGGACUGGCAGGCAGCCCUGCAGGCCUUCUCUUCCAUCCAGAACCCUUCCUCCAAAAUCUGCUUUAACAUCGGCUGCGUCCACCUGGUCAUGGGAUGUUUGGAGGAGGCGCUGCAGGCUUUCACCAAAAGCACCAACAACGACAGGCACUUAGCGGUGGCCUACUUCCAGCGAGGAGCCGUGGCUUACCGGAUGGAAAACUACGAGUCAGCCAUUAAUGACCUAAAGGAGGCAUUCGCUCAGCUCCGAGGGAACAUCCUGAUUGACUACAAGAUCUUGGGCCUUCAGUUUAAGCUGCUUGCUUGCGAGGUGUUGUACAACACAGCUCUCGCCUAUGCUAGACUGGAGGAGUGGAAAAAGGCCGAGGAGCAUCUGAUGAAGGCAAUGCAGCUGAAGGCUGGACCCCGGCAGAGCAAGCUAGACAAGGCCAUGGAGUCCAUCCUGAAGCAAAGACUGUUUGAGCCUAUGACAAUUCCUGAAGGGAAGUUGUUUCGGCCGAAUGAAAAGCAAGUGGCACAGCUGGAGAAGAAAGAUUUCUUAGGGAAAGCCACGGUCGUGGCAUCUGUGGUUGACAACGAUGACUUCUCGGGCUUUGCUCCCCUGCAGCCACAGGCAUCCGAACCGCCCCCCAGGCCCAAAGCCCCAGAAACCCUCAGGGCUCUGCAGGGAGAACCACACAGAGUUUUGUACGAAUUUAUACCAGAAACCGCAGCAGAGCUUCAAGUCCUUCCUGGAAACAUUGUUUUUCUCCUGAAGAAGGAAGAAGAUAACUGGGCCACUGUGGUUUUUAAUGGAAAGAAAGGAAUUGUACCUUGCAACUACCUGGAGCCAAUGGAAAUGAAAAAGAUGCCAGUCCAGGGAGAAAACAUGGCAGAGAUGGACAUUCCUUCUCCACCAAGCAUUGCAGCUCCGGAACGGCCUGCUAAGCUGCCCCCAGGUCAAGAAACAGCGACAAAGCUUGGCCUGGCCACUCCAACGCCACACAUCGUCAAGGUGCAUUACAAAUACACCGUCGCCCUCCGAGCGAGCCCCGACCUGCCCUACAGCAGCCUGGUGGACAAGGUGUGCAAGAAGCUGGAACUCCCACCCCAGCACACGCAACUGAGAUACCGGCCUAGAGAUGGAGAUUUGGUGCUUCUGAAUGAGGACAGCAUGAAGAACUUGUGGACCCAUGCAAAGAACCGUUGUGUGACAUUGUGGUGCAGCGUUGAUCAGGAAGGACAAGGUGAUCCAAGCGUGGAAAAUGGCAAAGAGACGAAACAGGAGGCACCAAAAGAGAUGGAAGCAAACCAAGUUGUCGCACGAUAUACUUAUGAAGCCAGCCAGCCGGAGGAUCUGGAGUUCCAAAAGGGAGAGACAAUCGUUGUUCUGGCUAAAGUGAAUGACGAGUGGCUGGAAGGCGAGUGCAAUGGGAAAGUGGGCAUUUUCCCCAAAGCCUUCGUGGAGGAGUACAACAGCAGUAAUUCCCAAACGGUUUCUGAAGAAUAACAAGUGCGAACCCCUUGAAGAAUGGAGAGCGUGCCGAUGCUUUUUUCCUCCAGGGCAACCCAUCUCACGACACUGAAGACUUGUCUGCUUUAAGCAAAGCCUCUGGGAUUAUUGCUAUUUUUCUGGCGCAUUAUAUUCUGCUUAAAUGACUGUCCGUUGGGAGUUGCACUGGAUUUCUUAAAGUAGCUACAGUGUGAACUAGUUUUGUCCUAUAAAAUUACUGCUGGACCAAA